AUGAAUUUCUUGAGUAUUCCUUUAAAGAAGUCGGCUCCUGUUGAUUUAUCCAGUAAUUUUCAACAGUUGAUCGCCCUGCAAUAUGGUGCUCCAACCGCAAAUGCGUGCCUUGGUUCACUCGGUGAGUUAUCGUCAAUGCGAACUGUCGCAUGUGUCAAAGGCGAUAACUACAACCCGACAGUCGAAGCAAUCGCAGCGUAUCAUGAUGCAAUGUAUCAAUUAGAAGGACGUCUAAAUGUGAAUGUUGCUUCACGAGUUGAUUUUAAGUGGAGCGAUAUUUCUGGAAAAUCUAACAAAAAAGAAAGCUCUCUUAAAUUUGAACGUUCAAAUGUCUUGUUUUGCUAUGGUGCUGCUCACAGUCAACUUGGUGAAUCGUGCCGUCCCAAUUGUGAAAAUUCACUCCAACAAGCUUUGAAAUCUUUCAAGAUUGCUUCCUGCACAUUUGAUUACAUAUCUUCAGAUUUGAUCUCUGGGGUUAAAGAUCCUCUACCAGAUUUAACUUCAUCAGCACUAACACUGUUCAGUAAUCUUAUGCUUGCUCAAGCAUAUGAAUGUGUCCUCUCGAAAGCUGAAAAAGAUAAGAAAAAGCCUGCCAUUUUAGCAAGAAUAGCAUCAACCUUGACUAGCCUUUACGAAGACUGCCUGUCAGAUUGUUCAGGUGGAGCUAAAAAUGUUGUUCCAAAAGAUUGGUCUGGUGUAUUAAGCAUGAAAAAAGGUUUAUAUGAAGCUCUGACACAAUAUCAUCAAUCUAAAGCUUGUUGCGAAGCCAAACAGUACGGGGAACAAGUAGCUCGUAUAUCAUUUGCUUAUGAGCUAAUCAAAUGUGUUGCUCGAAGUAGUUGUUUUCAGAGAAAGAAUUUAGUGGAACAAUUUAAACAAGAAGAAUCAGUUGCAAUAAAAGACAAUGACCAUAUAUAUCACGAAAAGGUACCCGCCAGAGGAAGUCUUGCUCCUGUCGAAAUUGUUGAUGUCAUUAAAAAAACCCCACUCACGUUCCCUUUGUCCUCAUCGACUACCAAAGAUUACUUCGAAAAUCUACUUCCUAUCGCUGUUACAGAAGCUGUUAACACUGCUAAAGGUGUUCGUGCAUCUCUUAUCGACAGCGAAAUUUGCACGCUACGAGGAGCAUCCACUAAAGUGAAUGAAGUGUUAGCUUCAUACAAUUUCCCGGCAGCAUUACUUGCUAAGGGAUCAAACUCAAUUACGGAUAAUAUUUUAUCCAAAGCUACUUCUAUACGUCAAGAUGGUGGGGCAGAAAAAUUGUAUCAGCAACUAAUGUCGAUACCUGAAUGCGUUCAACGUAAUAAAGAAAUUAUUGAGGCUGAGAAAAGUUCACUAGAUGAUGAAGAGAAUUCUGAUAAUAGUUUACGAAAACAAUAUGGUGAACGUUGGUCACGGAAACCAUCAAGUGAAUUGAACAAAUUAUGGCGUUCUGAUAUACAAAAAUGUUUGAAUUUACUUGAACAAACUACGAAAACUGAUGCAUCUCUUUUAGAACGAUAUGAAAAGCAUAAAGAACAUUUUGAAAUAUUAAGUAAACCAGAAGAUGAACUUGAAACGCUUAUUGGAUCAGAUGCAAAAUUUGCCGAAUCUAAUACUGAAGCCAAUAAUGAAGAACUAAAAUCUGAACUAACUCAGUUAUGCAACAAGCUAGAAUUAAUUAAGACGGAAAGAAAUGAUCUAAUAGAACAGUUGAAAUUAGUUGAUUAUUCACCGGAUCUAGUUAAAAAGCUAUUGACGUACUAUAGAGAACAUAAUGAAACAGUUGAUUUACAAAUUGCUACUGAUAUGCUUGAUGAAAAAAUGGUGUCUGUGCGUGAACUUAUUCAAGAAAAUUUAAAUAAACAAGAAAGUUUAUUAAAUGACUUACAAACAAAAGCUGAUAUGUUUUACGGUGGGUCCGAUGGUAAUUCAAAAGACAAAGGACUAUUGACAAUGCUUAAUCUGGCUGCAGAUGAGUAUUCUGCACUUAAAGAAGCUGUUAGUGAUGCCACGAAAUUUUACGCUGAGCUUACUGAGAUUUGUGUGAAUACCCAGUGUAAGAUUGAAGAUUUCUGCGCUGCACGUACUACUGAGAAAAAUGAAUUAAUGUCUGAUAUUACAACAAAUAUAAGCCGGGUUCGUGUUUCAGACCAACAAGUCUUUCCGAAACCAUCUGUCCCUACUCGACCUGAACCAUCUUAUGCUAACCGUGUCAACCCUGUUCCUCCCGCUCAUCCUCAAGUUCCAAUGCCAACACCAACAAUUCCCAUGAUGAAUAGUACCACAUAUCCGAUGCCUCCACAAGCAUGGAAUCCUCAAGGCUAUCCUGUGAUGCCUCAACCUUCACCAUAUGGAAUGGCUCCUUAUCCAACAAUGUAUCCAUUCUAUGGCGCUUAUCCUACAAUGCCAAUGCCUCCAAAUGCAGCGUUUUCUCCCCCUAACAUGAUGCUUCCUGCUCAUUCAAUAGGUGGUAAUGGUGCUUUUCCUAGUGUUGGUGGAGGCAAUACUGACGCACAUGCUCCCCUUGCUGGUGGUGGUCUUCAGGGACAAUAUCUACCUGGACAACCUUCUGCACAGCCUUAA